AUGACAGCGCCAGCAUUGAAUCCUCGCCCUCCAGAUACAGGGCCUGGUUCUUCAAUGUACGCCUAUGCUGGCUCCCAUUGUCGCCGCUCCGACUCAAAUACCCUCCGCACCUCUCCGCCCAGCGAAGACUCCGCUGUCCGCGCCCCUCCUCUGUACGAUUCUGCCCCCGAUCAGUCCGAUGAUAUCCCCCAGUGCCGUCCGUCGCUGUCUCCGCCAUCCAGUGCUGCGGUCAAGAUAAAGUCCGAAUUCGACAACGGUUCUGCUGUGGCUGCAGCCGCGGUCAAUCCGAACCCGAGCUCGGCAGAACUAGACAAGCAGUCUGCUGCGGGUGCGCUUUUGGCCCAACUUCUCGCAAACCCGCAAGGAACAGCACCUUCUGGUCCCCCAGCUCAGUCAAACUCGGACGGACAGUUUCUGGAUACCGUUGCUGCGAAGGAUAACCGAGGUACAGGCGCGAAUGAGAAUAAUACUAGUGACGUGGCAAGGGAAAGUUCACCAAAAGUGAAGGUUGAGGAUUCUGCGCCGUCGGGCCUCGGAGGGUCUCCCGAAAAAAUCCCGUCCCUGGGGGAUGUGCAGCUGUCUCAACAAAAUGAAGGACAGGAUCAUGUGGGAGACCCUACCUUGCUGCUGCAGCCCGGAGGCCAUGAUGACCAGACGGCUCUCUUUCUGCCGAAAAUAUCGGAUCCGGCAGCAGGUCUGUCAGACCCGCUACCCAGCCCCGAUCAAGCAGGAUCUUUUCCCUUUGACAUCACCGCGGCCCCGAGCAAUGCCCUGGAGGCAUUGAAGCAGCAUGACAUUCUAACGGCAGCAUAUUUGUCGUCGCAGUGUGCCGACCUGUCUGCCCUGGGUUACUCCGCCGGGUUGUCUAAUGGCGCUUCAUCGAUUGAUGGACCGGAGCCUCGUAUCCAGGCUUUUGCAAAGCUGGAAUUUGAUGAUGGUCAUUUCUACGUUAAUACAUAUUCCUUUAUUCUGGGUCGGGAUGUACGCGCGGCUCGUGCAGCCCAUCAACGGGAACUCCGCGCCAGACAGGCCAUGAGAAGCUCCGGAGCGCAAAGUUCAAGUGGCGGGAACACUUCUCACACCCCAAACCGGGCGAGGCAUGAAGGUAGCGCAAUCAUGGGGAGUGUCGUCAGUGACCGUGGUGGUAUAAUGGGCUUUGAUCCCGAUGUUCCUCCGCAUCUGCCUCCCGAAUUCAGUAGGAGAUCCUCCAACUCGUCCUAUGGAGGGUCAAAUGCGCCAUUGCACGCGACUCCAGCUGAACUUCAAGCCACUGACUACAAUGCUCUUGCUAUGCAGUCAUUGAAUAAUGAGGAUGGCGGCGGUGACCCCAAGCCUGUUGACACAUUAGCUCUACUUCCAUCUCCAGAUGCCUGUCCCACGAUUCCCAUUCACCCGCCCACCACACUUGAGGGUAGUGUCGCAGGACACAAGGGGAUCUCCCGCAAACAUGUCAAAAUCGCAUACAAUUUCGACAAGAACCUCUUUGAGAUGGAAGUCUUGGGUCGAAAUGGCGCUUUCAUCGGUGCUGAUUUCCUCCAGCCUGGGCAGAUCAGACCUCUUCACAGCGGGGACUACAUUCAAAUCGGCGGAGUACGGGUACGGUUCUUACUACCAGACGUGCCAAUCGGUGAGACGGGGGCCGAUCGAUUAGAGGAAUCAUGUCUCAACGAAGACGAAAAUGUCCCAGCUGAGGGGGAAGACAAGGAAACUGCAGACACACCGCCAAAGGUUACAAAGAUUGUUUUGAAAACAAAGGAGCCAGACCCGAAUAAACCAAGACCCUCCGUCGAAGGGCCAUCAGAGAAUGGUGAACAGCAACCUGCUCGCCGUCGCGGGCCUGGGCGACCUCCUAAGGAUGGUAUCAUGUCCAAACGUGAACGUGCCGAACUUGCCAGGGAACAGAAACUUGCAGCUAGACGUGAGGCCAAUGGAGGUGUGACUCCGCCUCCUCUGCUGCCCCCGUCGUCUAAGCCAAAGGUUGCCAAACCCGUUGUUGAAGGUGAAACUCCAUUGCCCAAACCCGAGAAGCGGAAGUAUACCAAGAGAAAGAGGCCCGAGGAGAUGUCGAUGGAUAUCCCCAUUCCUUCCACAGAGGGCGGACAAUUCCCAAUUGUGACUCAACCGCAUCCGGAGGUACCACCACCCCCAGUGAAGAAGCGGAAACCGUCUCGUUCGCCGUCGCCAAACUAUCCCCCGGAGUCCGCGUACACUCCCGAGGACCUUGCCAAGCCACCUUACAACUAUGCUGUGCUGAUCUUCGAUGCUCUCACGGAGGCUGGAACUCCAAUGACUCUGAAGCAGAUAUAUCGAGCGUUGAAGCUGAAAUACCCGUACUUCCGCUUCAAGUGCGAGACCGAAGGCUGGACAUCAAGUGUUCGUCACAAUCUCAAUGGCAACGGCCACCUCUUCAUGCACGCCGAACGGGAUGGAAAGGGAUGGUCCUGGCAGCUUCGCCCCGGUGCUUCUGUUGAGAAGGAAAAGAAAAGACGCCCAUCCCCCCCACCUUCUCAGCCUCCUCCGUCAGCGGCAGCGGCUUCAUCUCACCAGCCUAUGCCACAGAUGGCGGACCGCCAUAUGUACGCAAAUCCACCGCCAGCGCCUAUGGCCAACCAGCACUUCCAAUUCCCCGCAGUCCCUCUGAAUCCAUACACCGCACCUGGCUCCGUUCAGCAACACUCGAGUCCAUACCCACCCCCUCAAAACAUCCCUCCCCUGCCUAGUUCGUUGCAAAAUAGUCUUCCUCCAGCCUUCAUCCCAACACCCACUACCUACACCUCUCCAUACGCCUCAGAUCCUCCACCGCAGCUCGUUCAGUACCACCAAUCCUUAUCACACCAGAAUCAACAGCAGCAGCAGCAACAGCAUCAACAACAACAACAUCACUACCACCAACCUCAUCCCCAACGAUCUUCAUAUCCUCCUCAGAACAUACAGCCACUGUCUGCAACAAAUCAACAGCCUCACCAAAUGCACCCGCCGAACUCUAGUGUUCCAUAUCCACCGCCGCCACCUCCUCCUCCACAGAAUCCUCUUAUGAAUUCUGGAGUUCCUGGGCCCGUUGAAAAUCAGGAAAUGUCAUUCAUUGACCGGGCCAACAAAGCCAUUGAUGACUUCGAGGCUGUUCUCAUGGAGGACUACGAUGACAAGAAUUACAUCCGGGAAGUCUUGAAAAGCGCUCGUGCUCGUGCUUUAGGAGAGGCAACCGCGAGUUCCUUCCCCGGCGGAGAACCUAAAGAUGAAGCUGUUAUUUUGGAUGCUCUUAGGAAUCUGACCAUGGGAGUUACCACCACCACCACCCACUUCAUAGUGGUUUUUAACAGUUAA